AGCCGAGUCGUCUUCCAACUGGAGCCUCCUGUUCGCAGCUUCUCUUCGGCAACAGGAAGUUAAUACAACACCAAAAACAGAGCGAUGGCAGACUUCAGGAAGAAGAAACUGAUGUACGUCUUCCACGUAUUCUUCGAUGUCAACAGGAGCGGCACGAUUGACAAGAAGGAUUUUGAGAUGGCCAUUGAGAAAAUCUGCCGCAGCCGCGGCUGGCCCGAGGGCAGCGCGGAGCAGCAGAAGACGCGGGGCGCCCUGCUGGAGGUGUGGCAGGCUCUGCAGCAGAGGGCGGACGCCGACAGCGACGGGGAGGUGAGCGAGGCGGAGUGGAUCCAGAUGUGGGACGACUUCGCCAAGGGCGGCGACUCGGCGCUCCACUGGCAGAGCCGCUACCGGGACUUCAUGUUCCAGCACGUCGACGCCUCAGGUGACGGGAGUAUCGACCUGGACGAGUUCGUCAAAGUCUACACCAGCUACGGCAUCUCAGCAGACGAGUGCAAGAACGCCUUCAGCAAGUUCACCAACAAUCAGACUGUGAAGGUUACACCGCAAGUCUUCGAGAAGCUGUGGAGUGAGUUCUGCUCUUCAACGGACCCUCAAGCUCCAGGAAACUUCAUCUUUGGCAAAACUUCAUUCGAUUAG